CGAGCUCCACCUGUGAGCGACGCGGGGCUCAGGUGCUAGUGCGUGAGGCGUCGCGGGCGCGGUCGCCAUGGCAACUCAAGCCACGUGACGAGGGGUCCUCCUUCCGGGUUCACCGUCGGGGCAUCCUUUCGUCCUCUAGUUUGGGAUCGCGAGAUACCGCCCCUCGCUGGGCGACUCCCGAGUGCUGGGCGCGGGGCUGGGCACCUUUCGGGCCUCACCAGCCCGGCCAGGUAGCACCCUGUAAGGACUGCCGGGCAACAAUGAAGGUCCUUCUACUAAAAGAUGCCAAGGAGGACGACGGGGGCCAGGACCCAUACAUCAGGGAAUUGGGGUUUUGUGGGCUGGAAGCCACUCUGAUCCCUGUCUUGUCGUUCGAGUUUCUGGCUCUUCCCAGCCUCUCGGAGAAGCUGUCCCAGCCCGAACGCUACGGGGGACUCGUCCUCACCAGCCCCAGAGCCGUGGAGGCCGCGGAGCUGUGCCUACGGAGAGACGGCGGAACCGAAGUCUGGACGGAGUCCCUGAGGGAGAGGUGGAGCGCCAAGCCGGUGUACGUGGUCGGGAGCGCCACUGCCUCUCUAGCGAACAAGAUGGGCCUGGACGCGGAGGGGGAGCACUGCGGCACCGCGGAGAAGCUGGCCGGGCACAUCUGUUCCCGGGAGUCCCCGGCGCUGCCUCUGCUGUUUCCCUGCGGGGCCCUCAAAGGAGAGACCCUCCCGAAAAUGCUCAAGGACAAAGGGAUCCCCCUGGAGAGCCUCACGGUCUACCAGAAGGCCCCGCACCCGGGAAUCCAAGUGAACCUGAGCAGCUACUACUCCGAGCAGGGCGUGCCGGCUGGCAUCACCUUCUUCAGCCCCUCGGGCCUGGCCUACAGCCUGAAGCACAUCCAGGACUUGUCUGGUAGCUCCAUCCAUCAGAUUAAGUUCGCAGCCAUCGGCCCCACCACCGCCCGCGCCCUGGCCGCCCAGGGCCUGCCUGUGAGCUGCACGGCGGAGAGCCCCACGCCGCGAGCCCUGGCCGAGGGCCUCCGGAGGGCGCUCCAGCCUCCCCACUGCUGAGCGGGCCACCCGUGGGAGCCCUGGGCCGGGGCUCCCCGCGGGCCCCUGAGGACAGCGGGCUGCCGCCUGCGGACCAUGGGAGGCACAGCCCUCCAACACCGCCACGCGCCUGCGUGAAGCCACCU